ACCUCGGCAGCCAAUUCUCCUCAUUUCUUCAACCACUGACCAAUUAAAUUUGUUUAAGAUGACAGCAAUUCUGUCGUAAUUAUACCUUUAUUUCUUGUAUCGGAUUCAUGGCUCUGGACUGGUUCAGCAAAGUCUGGCCUUUGUUGGAGGAAGUGGUGAGAAGAAGCCAAAUUUUCGAGAUCGUUUUGCUGUUACGGCAAAACAUUUAACGAGUCCAGGACUAGAGGUUUCGAAGCACAUGUGGGAGGAGACGAUGCGAUUACCACCCCUUCCCCCCUUUUCUUUCCUUCCCAAUCAUUCGAUUCGAGCCAAGCCCUAGAUUUAACAGAAGGGAAGGAUUUAUCCGUUAAUCUAGUAAUCGCGAUGGUUUGGGAUUUGGGUUUCAGUGAUAGGGUCUCACGUCGAUCGGGAGGUUUCAUGACGUAAAAGCAAGAUUUGUUUUUUGGUUAGGGAUUGGAUUCGUUGGAGAAGAUUCUUGUUUUGGAUGGAGCCUCGUAUUGGCAAUAAGUUCCGGCUCGGUCGCAAAAUCGGGAGCGGCUCCUUUGGGGAGAUCUACUUAGGCACGAAUUUACAGACGAAUGAGGAGGUUGCCAUUAAACUGGAAAAUGUUAAAACCAAACACCCUCAGUUGCUUUAUGAGUCAAAGCUCUACAGGAUUUUGCAAGGAGGAACUGGUGUUCCAAAUAUAAGAUGGUUCGGCGUAGAGGGUGACUACAAUGUGCUUGUGAUGGACUUGUUGGGACCAAGCCUCGAAGAUCUUUUUAAUUUUUGCAGUAGAAAGUUUUCAUUGAAGACUGUUCUUAUGCUAGCUGAUCAGAUGAUAAACCGUGUGGAAUAUGUUCACGGAAAAUCGUUUCUGCAUCGGGAUAUAAAACCUGAUAACUUUUUAAUGGGAUUGGGAAGACGUGCAAAUCAGGUGUACAUUCUGGACUUUGGGCUUGCCAAAAAGUACAGAGAUUCUUCAACUCACCAACACAUUCCAUACAGAGAGAACAAGAACCUGACUGGAACGGCAAGAUAUGCUAGCAUGAAUACUCAUCUUGGCAUUGAGCAAAGCAGGAGGGAUGAUCUGGAAUCUCUAGGAUUUGUCCUGAUGUAUUUUUUAAAAGGAAGUCUUCCUUGGCAGGGACUAAAAGCAGGAAAUAAAAAACAGAAGUAUGAAAAAAUCAGUGAAAAAAAAGUCUCCACGUCCGUUGAGGCUUUAUGCAGAGGUUAUCCGACUGAAUUUGCGUCGUACUUCCACUAUUGUCGUUCACUACGAUUUGACGAUAAACCUGAUUAUGCUUAUCUUAAGAGACUAUUCCGUGAUCUUUUCAUUCGUGAAGGUUUCCAAUUUGAUUACGUAUUCGAUUGGACAAUUUUGAAAUUUCACCAGCCACAAGCUGCAAAUGCUCCUCCACACGUCCUUGGAUCUGGUGCUGGACCCAGCAAUGGCAUUGCUCCUGCAGAUCCUAAUAUUGAGAAGCAAUCAGGUGGUGAAGAAGCAAGGACGAGUGUUUUGUGUGCAACAGACCCUUCUGGCCAGCGAUUUUCAUCUCUUGCUAUAUCUGCCGGUAGCAUGACCAAACAGAGAAAUCCACCAGGAAAUGACUUACCAGCUAUGAAAGAUUUACCCAACUCAGCUUUCUUGGGGCGCUUAAACGGUUCUUUAAGUCGAGCUGCUGUUUCCAGUAGCCAGGACAUGGUAUUCUCUACGGCACGAGUAUUUCCCACCCAUACUUCUGAAGCAAACCAUGGCCCUUCCCAGAGGGUUCCAGGUGGUCAGAUUUUUUCUCCAGUUACUUUUUCCGAAACUAAGCAACUCUAAUUCUGUAAGGAAUUCAUUUGAUUUUAAGAACUGCGAGUCAACCCUCAAAGGCAUAGAGCGACUCAGUUUUGACGGUGACAAAAUUGUAUAGUUAAAGCUGCUGUGAUGAACUUUUCUUCCUUGUAUAAAGCCUGUAUAAAUGGGACCAUUGUCCAAUAGGUUUGAUUGAGAUAUUUUGAAGCUGCAAAUAUGUUAUUGUUUUUUAAGAUAAGGACCAUGAAAUUGACACAAAGGCUGAAUAAUGAAGCCGGUGUGCUUGUGAAAGGAAGAUUUGGUUA